AUUUUCAGUUUGAUCAGACAAGCUGCAGCUUCUAUUAUAGAAAGAGGUUGGAUUUCUCAUCGAGAUAAACAAAUGUUUCGUCUACUCAAACAUUCUCUCUGUGCAGCUGAAACAUCACUUUCUUAUGAAAUUCUACGGAAAGUUUGUCCUACAGAGGCAGAAUUUUUCAAAGAUAAAAGUUCACAAAUAAAAGUUAGAUUUAGGUUUGGUGGAGGAGAGUUUCCUCCUAUGAUUUUCUUCAAGAUAUACGUACACAAUCAAGGGAAAGGAUUGAAAUAUCUUUCUGGUAAAAAAAUGAUUCGUGGAGCAUCAGAGGCAGCAGAAGAUUCAUUAAAAUUAAUGGGAAAUCGAACAUUUUAUGAUCACAUGUUACAAGAUACAAUACAUCAUCAACAGUAUAAAAUAACAGAUGAAAUAGAUAUUACUACUCUUAAAGAUUAUAUGCAGUACAUAGCAGUAUUAGAUGAAACACCAGCAUAUUUAGGUGGUAAAGACAAUUUUUGGAGAAAACUCACUUUAGAUGUUUUACCACGACACACAAUAUUUUAUGAUAUAGUGGAUUAUGCGUAUAAUAACCGGUUAUCACGUAGAUUAAAAGAUGAUAUAACAGUCAUGAUGACUAAACCUAUUACACAAGAAAUACAAGUUCUACAGUUAAAUACUAUAGCUCAAAUGAGAGCGCCUUGGACACCUCAAGUUCCAGUUCCAACUCCAAAAUCUUCAUUUAAUAAUCAGUCUGCAGGCAGACGUACCAGACAGGCCAGAACGAGGGCUUUAAAAAUGAAAAGAAUGUAUGGCUUGGGAGAAAAGGUAAGAUAUUAA